UCUCCCUGACCACUACGAUCACUUCAAGGCUUUCUUGCUCAUCGAAUACUGUAACUCAGGUGAUGUCGAACAUGUCCACCUUCCCUGACAUAUGCUCCACAUGUGGAUCUUUCACGAUACGAAGAAUUUCCGGUGAUGCACGCACGCCUCGUAUCUCAGAACUCCUCCGAUGCAACGAUGUUCCUUCGGAUAGCGAACUCUCCAAUUUCCGGGACAUCAUCCAGCAGGGACCUGGGCGUAUCGCGAAUCUUGAUCAGAAGAUCGCGCACACCAAAGAGCUCCACGAUACUCUUAUCAAUCAUCGUAAUGUUGUGGAGACAGAUAUCGGGGAUGCCAAAGUACUCUGUUCUCCAGUACGAAGACUGCCCCCUGACGUUCUUCAUUCCAUCGCUCUUGAGACCAUCCCUUCCCCUUCCGAGAUCAUGGGCUCAAACAUAUAUUUCCACAACAGUCUAGAUAGAACGAGAGCUCCAUGGACAUUAUCUCAAGUCUGCCGGAGCUGGAGGAUGGCCAUUGUCGGCUCGCCGGAAUUAUGGUCAUCCAUAUCACUCAAUAUCAAGUACCGUCCCAAUGCUCCCUUGUCAGCUUUUUGCCGUCCAUUUUUCUUGCUUGUACUCCACCUUGAAAGGUCACAGAGUAUCCCUCUCACCUUUUGGAUUCACGAUACCAUGCGAACCGCCGAACAUCCUUUUCUUUCCCUCGUUGCCGCCCGCGCCUCUUCUAUCAAAAACCUUUAUCUUUCAUCCAAUCUUGAUUGUUCACUCGAGGCCUUGCCUGCUCACGGAGAAGUUGGCAAAGUCUCCGUCAUCUGAAAAUUGAAUCUGCCAGUGAUGUACGUGUAGAGCGGAUAUUUGAUUCGUUUGAGUAUGCACCAAAUUUACGAGUGCUCGAAGCGACGGUGGAGAAACCGGAGGAACUUAUUCUGAUUCCCUGGGUCCAGCUUACCCAAUUAAGGCUUCGAGCCAGUAAUGC